CGGAGGUAGUGAAUCCAUGGUGAUUGCAUCCAUGUGGGCUUCAAUGGCCGCUUGGUUUACACCCAUUGUUCUUUUUGGCCUCAUGAAUCUCAUAGUUGCUACCAUUUUCAUAGCUAACAAUAACAACAAACGCCAUGAUCAACGCCAAGUUCUAGCUAACAACAACAACAACAACAACAAGCACUAUGACCAAGGCGAAGAUCAAGUUUAUGGAAAUUCUUCCAGUCGAAUCGCCGGGAUAACAUCGUUGUUCGAGCGAUCCAAACCCAUUAGUGUAUCCUCCUGCAUCGCCGCCAUCACCACGGCGGAAUCACGACAAAAGAAUCCAUCUCAGCCCAAAAAAGCGACUUACAGUUCGCUAAGUCGGCUCGCUCAGUCCAUCUAUUUCCCAACGAUUCACGGAACUCGCUCCAACGGCGACGACCUGUAUCAAUCGGGUAAAGCAGUCGGUGCUGGUUCUCAAUUGGAACGAGUUAAGUCCGUUAGAUUCUCAUCCACUGACAGCGAAAACAUAGUUCUGACCGAGUCUAGCAAGAUCUCCAACUCACCUGGUCAACUCGUCCGAGCUCCUUCGUUCAUAGAACGAGUCAAAUCGUUCAAAAUAUCUUCCCCUUCCAAAUCCGGAGCUCCGUUAACUGAACACGCAAAUAUCGAUACAGGUCGAACUGCUAAGGCGGACCAUCAUGCAAUCAGAAGCAAGUCGGAAAAGAGUUCGGUGGAGAAGUCGGUGGUGGAGAUAAAGAAGACACGUAGCGAGAUAAGGCUUCCGUCGGACGACGAAGAGGAUGUUGACUCUAGGAGGCCAGCGACGGCGAGAGAGAGGCGGAAUGCAGGUGAUGCCGGCGUGGAUGCAAAAGCGGAUGAUUUCAUCACUAGGUUUAGGCAACAGUUGAAAUUACAACGUGUUGAAUCGCUUGUGAGGUAUAACGAUAUACUGCAGAGAAGAACUUCGAACUGAAGGGGAAAUUAUGUUGUUUCAUUAACCAAAUUAUCUUUCUCCGCCGACCUUCUCAUCAUACGCCGACGACUGUUGACCUUCCGGCAACCGUAGACGGUGGUGGGAAGGUGGUGAAUGUCCGGAAAUUGACCAAUAUGCUUUUAUCGUAUGUUGUAUUGUCGUUCUCACGUGUUUCUUGGAUUUCGAGAAAUAUCAGCGUCGACAUGAUUUAGAAAUUAUUGUUAAUAUAUUUCAAAAUUUUAAUAUCAAAAAUCUAAUUAUCCUUUUCC